CUCCUACUACCAAAGAAAAAAUCAACAUAGGAAUUUAAUUCAAACAAAUGGUUAUUCUGUUGAAUUUCACUUUAAAAAGAAAUCCAAAAAAUCAGGGAAGAAUACUACUACUGAUGAAUUGACUCCUAUGGAUUUUGCUGUAGAUGUCAAAAACAACAAUGCACUUAUUUGGGCUAUAAAUCCUCGACAAACUGAUAUUUUCACUGCUGUUGACUCUAGUACUUCUGACAAGAAGAAAAGGAUCCCUAUUGCUCCCAAAGAUAACCAGAUCACCGACUUAUCUAAGAAAAGAAUUAUUGCCUUUGGUAAUGCUAAAUUUGGUAGCUCUGUGAAAGGAAAAUUUCCUGCUCCUACUAGACGGAUAACGGAUGCAAUUAAGAAAAUGUCUAAAGAAUUGAAAGGAAAUACUUUUAUCUAUAUUGAUGAAUAUUUGACUAGUCAAACAUACUUAACUAAUAUUACUACAUCCAAAUCGAAGAGUAAACUUCAUGUUGUACUCAAGUGUAACUCUUGCAGUAUGCAAAAAGCUUUAUAA